GGUCAGGCCCUCAGCUCGGCGGGCUCCCAUUGGCCCACGCCGCCUCACCAGAUAGCGCGCGCUCGCCUCCCGGAAGUUGCGCGCGCGCGGUAAAAGGCAACGCGGCACGUGACCCCCCCCGCCGCCGCAAAGAAUCUCGGCCACAACAACGGCAAGUCGACGAGAAAGCCAAGCGAUGAUGCUGAUGGGACCGGCUGUACGGGGAGCUGUCCGCCGGGCGGUAGUGCUGUUCGUGGUGGGAGCGACGCUCGCGCUGCUCAUGGAGCUGCUCCUGCAGCCCCCGGCGUCGCGCCCUGGCCUCCUCUCGGCCGGCUGGUGGGUGCCGCCCGUGUGCGGCACGGCCGCCGCGGUGAUCGGGCUGCUGUACCCAUGCUUGGACAGCUGCCUGGGAGAACCUCACAAGCUGGAGCGCGAGUGGGCGAGCGUGCUGCGCUGCGUGGCCGUGUUUGUGGGCAUCAACCACGCCAGUGCCAAGCUGGAAUUUGCCAACCCGACGCAGCUGUCCCUGACGCUGGCCGCGCUCUCCCUGGGGUUGUGGUGGACAUUCGACCGCUCGCGGGGAGGCCUCGGUCUGGGCCUCGUCUGCGCCUGCGCCGCCACCCUCCUCACGCAGCUGCUGCUGCGCUGCGGCCUCGCGCAGUUCUCUGCAGACGACCUGCUGUCUGUGAGGUCAUGGCUGCCAUGCAUUUUCUUCGCGGGAGGGGUCACGGUGGGGAGCAUUGGGCGGCAGCUCGCCAUGUGCGAGGGCGAGGCCAAGCCGGAUCAUCUGCACGCCGACUGAGCGACGGGACCGCUAAGGAGCUCACGGCUCCACGUGAGGGGUGGGGGGGGGGGGAUCACCACCCCUCGCCCUGUCGCUAUCGUCGUCGUCGUCGUCAUGGGCGACCGCGGCCUCUGCCAAAAUCGCGACGCUGCGCUCGGCUGUUGCGCCACGUCGCUCGAAGCGAAUUUCUCUCGGCGUGGGGUGCCGCGUCGUUAGCGCCGCCCCCGUACGUACACAAACACACCGUCCGGCGCUUGCGUGAUAGCGCAGCACCCAGGUGGGGGUGGGAGGAGGGGGGCAAACGGGGCAGGUUCCACUCCCCACCCCCCGCCCCCCGUGACACGAGUGUACCGGUGUGUACGUAGCACGCACGCGUGGCAGGGGGGGGGGGGGGCGGUGGCACAGUGGUGAACUCGAUCCUUAAACGAGCACCUGGUGCGGAACGUACCACAGAAGGCGGCCGGGCAUGUUGCCGGCCGCACUCCGCCCAACCUCGUGAGCCACGCCAGCCUGUAGAGGUGCUCGCAAACAGGACUUAACCCCCCCCGCCCCCGUCUUUAAAGGCGACGGCGAUCUUUUUUUUUCCUUCGUGUACAAUGUAUAAUUGACGUGUGUAUAUAUAUGUGUUGCAGUGUUUGUGACUUGCCGCGUGUAUGUGUGCAUGCAUCGCGUAUAUACGCGAGUGCUCGAGGAAAACAAUUUGCCCCCCCCCCCCCCCCCCCUUGAUGUGAUGACACUACAGACACGUUGGGCGAACCCUCCCCCGGCAUCGUCACGCCAAGACCGCAUGUCGCCACAGCGUUCUUGUACACUAUUUCUCCCCCGUCGGACAUGAGGCUACCAUGAUCCCUCUCGCUCUCGCCAUCUUUACCUUUCCUUGGCUGCAUGUUGUGCCUCCCGCCAUGACCAAGCUCUUCGGUGACCUCACGAGACACAGGUCCCUUGAUUGCACGAGGUCCUGCUGCUCCCGUCAAUUUCCGUGUACGUCUUUGCCAGUCGCAACCACCGUGCUCAUACAUUAUCACCCCCCCCCACCUCACUACUACAUCCUUCCAGGUCGUGCCCCUCUUAAAGCCAGUGGCAUCUCCAGAGCCCUCAGUCCACGGUGCUGUGCCCCAACCAAAGUCUACCGCCCCCUGCCCCACACGUUCCCAACACUAUCCACCACCCAUGGCUAAAGGCUCCGGACGUUUGUAGUGGCGGGGGGGGGGAUAAUGCAGGUGGAUGUGACUGGCAAAGAGGAACCCCAGACAUUGCUGGAGAAAGGAAAUGGGAGACCUCUCCCUCCAGAGGCUAUCCCAGACAUCAGUCUGACCCCCUUCCAUCUGUCCCAUCCCUAGCACACUCCACGAAAUGUGAAGCUUUGCACGGCAGUAACACAGAUUGCCAAAAUAUGAAGGUGUGCCAGCUGGACUUUUGGCCGUGUUACCUGCGUGUGAUACCGUCCCUCCAAUAUAUGCACUCCUCCCUCACUCCGCGCCAGUGUUUUAGACAGAAUCGCGUUCUGUGGACGCUCCAGAGUCCUAUUGUUACACUCGUGUUAUUAAAAGUUUAUUUUGAUAAAAAAUAAAAAGUUGCUCUUU